UGGGGCGAGUCUUUUCGCGCGUACUCUGAAUGGUAAGCCGCUGACAUCUACACGUGAAACGAAAUUAAAGUUUUGAAAAUGGCGAUGGAAACAAUCCCCAAAGAGCUACGCAAUCUUCGAGCUUGUUUGCUUUGCUCACUUAUAAAGACUUUAGAACAGUUUGAGUACGAUGGAUGCGAGAAUUGUGAGAAAUAUCUUCGCCUGAAAAACAACAAGGAGAAUAUCCUUUCUUGCACAAGUCCUAAUUUUGAUGGGGUAAUAUCUAUCAUCUCUACAGAGGACAGUUGGGUUGCACGGUGGCAGAGAAUAGAAAGCAAGGUUAAAGGAUGCUACGCUGUAUCAGUCACAGGGAAACUUCCUAGUCAUAUAGUGAGAGAACUUAAGUCCAGGGGAAUUACUUACACAUCACGGGAUCGAACUAACCACUAGCAAGAUAUGGUUGAUAAGAUGGAUGAACAGCAAAUACUGUACAAAGACGCAAAACACUGAGCAAGGACUGAAAUUAGACCAUUCAGCUUGCUUUGCAAAAACACAAAUUUCAGGCAAGGACAGAAACAAGACCAACGUUUCGGUUACAUACUGUAUAUUGCAACUGUGAUGUGUUGUAAGGUUUUUACAUGGACAGCAUGAGUCAAGGAACUGUUUUGAGCCAAAAGUAUGCAUGUCAUGGUUACGGUAUUAGAUGCAAUGUUUAGCUAUAGCUACAGUAACUACUUUCUCACACACUUUUUGAUCAGUUAUGUUAUAAAAUGUUUUUAUUUAUCAAAUUAUAAGAUUGAAAAACAUAAGUAGUUUGAAUUUUGAGGAAUCCAUUCUAGUAAGCAACAUAUUAGCUAUACAAUAAAUAAAUAUGUCAGACAUGUAAGGCUGUAUAGAGAAUUUGGAAACAUACCUUUGAAAAACAAAACAGUACAUUUUAUUUUGUAUACAUGCAGUAACUCUUUUUUAAUAAGGCUUAGUUUUUGAAACAAAAUGCUCUGGAUCAAUGUUCUCUAAAACUAGCCAAGCAUUCCUGCAUAGCCUUUUCAGAGGCACUCUGGCUUGCUGUGGUAACCCUGUGUUCAUUGGGACUUGUUGGUCUGAUGCUUACACAGAUAAAUACACCAUUCUGCCUUUCCACAAAACCAACACAUCUGCAGUAAAAGGAAACACACCUUGAUCAUUGAGCAAGGAACGCAUGUGAUGUUUCAGUUUACAACUUGGAUGACUUUUUCUGCAAAUGAGCUAAUAAGCAACAAACUGAAUCCUUUGAAUCACUAAGAUUCAUUUCAAACUACAAUAAAGACAGCUCCAUUUUACUGUUAGUAUAAAUGAAGCAUGGGGAAAUACAUUUUCUCCAUGCUUCAGAUUUAGUGCUUCCAAUAUCCAGAAAGCAAACAAACAUGUCGGAUUCAGGUUUUUUUUAUUUUAAUGAGCAGAUAUUCAGAUUCUUCAUCAGUCAUGUAGAAAAUUGCUGACCAUGACCUUUUGUUAUUUAUGACCUUUUCUUGUGUGAACCUUGGUACAAAGUGUGUGUAUUUUUUACAACAAGCCCUCAUUUUACCUGUGUGGUUGUCCUCGGAUCAAUCUUGGCAGCAUGCGGUCCUAGAUUUGAAAGCAAAUUAUUUUAAUAAAAUAAAAAUUUCAAAACAAGGUGCCUGCCUAAAAAAGCUCACCAUUUCCCAAAAUGUGCACCUGGAAGAAAAACAAAAGAGAGUUAUUAUUUGUGUUAUUCAAAUAUCCUCAUUAAAAAGGUGGAAAUAAGUGGUAAA